AUGCCACGCUAUCCUCAAGACCAAAGCCAUCCUCAGCGGCGCCAUACAUCGUCUCAUCAUAUAGAAUUUCCGCUAGUUAGACAGUUUGCAAACAUCAUUGCUCCGCAGUUGCGAAGAGAACCUCCAAACCCGCCUCAAGAACAUUGUCAGCAUAGAGCUCCUCCGCAAUCAAGCCAGCCAUCCAGAUCUCACGAUGUGAGAGAUCUCGACCUGGAUCUCAAGUCACUUUGGUUCACAAGCUCGCCUCCUGCGUUCCCUCCCUGUACUUUUAAUCGAGAGAAAAUAAACUAUGUUAUGGUGCGUUCUGGUGCCAUGGUUGGAUCUUGGGAAAAGCGAUGGUUCAGGGUUGCCAUUCGGCAUCACGAUACAUUGGAAUUAACAAAGAUACAUCUCUCUUGGGAGCCCAGCAAUCCGGGGGCGACUGUGACGGCGAUGCAGAGACACUAUCCGACGCCGCGAAGACUGAACAGUCAAGAGCUCGAUGUUUGCCGUGACAGGUAUGCCAAUGCGUUAGCCAGCUGGUGUGAAUCCAAGAAAGGCAAACGUGUGGGAACAGGACGUUGCGGGGAGUUAGCCUCCGAGGGGCUCAAGGCGAUUGCAGCCAAGUGUAUUUCCCGUCGCGAGGAACCAUGCAUGGCCAGCCGAUACGGGCUACAAGGCUAUCUGCUUUACACUUUAUCGCUAUCAUCUACAUCUACGCCACACGAAUCCCACAGAGGUCCACACAAGUUCGGCGUUGGUAGAGGCGACGUGCUACAGAUGUUCUCGACCCACUUCAAAGCUAAGGAUGGCAGUGAGAAAUGGACGGAUAAAAGAGGUCAUGUAGCUAUGGUCACCAGAGUUCGUUCCAAUGGAGCUUUGGUGGUGCUUGAGCAGAAUGUUGGGGAUGUUAAGUUGGUGAUGGACGGCGAGUAUGAUAUGGCGGAAAUGAUAAAGGGCGAGGCAAAAAUCUUUAGACCUGUUGGUCUGUUACCGGACGAGAAGCAGCCGUCUGCGGCUGACCUCUCCGGGCGGCCUGACGAGAUGUCAAACUGGGCCAUUGCAAGCCACACGAAAGUUAUUUAUUGGUUACAACUACAGACCCAGACCAGUCUAGACGAGCUCGGUGAGAGACAGUCCAUUAUCCAAUCCGAUACCGAACCUCCUCCUGAUGGAGGAUACGGCUCGGUAUGUGUUGCGGCCUGUCUCAGCAUCAAUUGUUUCACAUGGGGUGCCGUUGCUCCAUACGGCGUUUUCAUGGGCUGUUAUCUCCAAAACGAUGUCUAUCCCACUGCCACAGUGGUGGACUUUGGAUUCAUUGGCGGGCUGAACUUCUCAACGGCUAUGUUAGUGUCUCCAAUUGUAACAGUCAUCGCCCGUCGAUGUGGGAUCCAUGUCCCAAUGCUCAUAGGAAUUACUCUCCAUACCACAGGCUUUAUUAUGGCCUCGUUUGCUACGCGGAUUUGGCACCUCUACCUGACUCAAGGAAUCCUGGUGGGGUUUGGAGUAGGCCUUAUCUACAUCCCUAGCAUGGCUAUUCCUUCUCAAUGGUUCCUCCAUCGUCGCAGCUUAGCCAAUGGUAUUAGUGCCGCCGGAUCUGGCAUUGGCGGCCUGAUGUUUUCCCUCAUGACACGAGGAGCCAUCAGCAAUAUUUCGCUGGCCUGGGCCCUUCGUAUCACUGGCAUUGUUAGUGGAGUUAUGAAUUUACUGGCAACCAUUGUGAUCAGGAGCCGGAAUAAUAUCAUCCAACCAAAGCAGCAUCCUUUUGACAUAGCGCUGCUUCGCCGAUAUGAAGUUAUACUGGUGCUUGGGUGGGCGUUUGUGAGCAUGUUGGGUUAUAUAAUACUGCUCUUCUCGAUGUCCGAUUUCGCGUACUCAAUAGGUCUGGACGACUCUCAAGCUGCCAAUGCCACAGCUCUGCUAAACCUGGGGGCGGCACUAACCAGGCCGUGGAUUGGAGCCAUCAGCGAUCGUUUUGGUCGUAUUGAGACCGCUGGAUUUAUGACACUUCUUUGGCUAUUUUUGGGAUUUGGCUGGUCGCUAAUUCUUAUGGAGUGCUUAUCCUGUUUGUUAUUUUGA